AUUUCCUUCCCGCCUUUGGGAGAAGCCGACAAAAAAUACGCGCCUUCCCGGACACUUCGAACCCCUCACUUUCGCUUCGCGAUCCACGCCUACGUGUUGCGUGUGGAACGAAAGUUGUUCGGUCAGCACCGCUUGACUCGCCGUCACAAUGGUCAUUCAAGUCGUCGAAAGCAAGGAGGACUUUCAGAAGAAGCUCGAGGAGGCCGGCGACAAGCUGGUGGUGGUGGACUUCUACGCCACAUGGUGUGGGCCGUGCAAGAUGAUCGAGCCCUUCUUAAAGCAACAGUCGGACAUCCUUAGCGACGUGGCCAUCUUCCUCAAGGUGGACGUUGACGAGAAUGAGGAGAUUGCAUCUGAUUACGAGAUCUCGUGCAUGCCCACCUUCAUUUUUAUCAAGAGGAAGGAAAAGGUUGACGAAAUCUCCGGGGCGAACCAAGAAAUGAUCAAAGAGAUGUUGGCGAAGUACAAGUAAAUGAGGCGAUGUGCUCGGCACUACCAGCCUGUGCGAACGAAAAGGGGGAAAAGCCCAGUUUCAUAAGCGUGUUCUAAACUGCCUUCUUUUUCGCUUGGCUCGACAGACUUCCUUCUCGUUUUAUACUUCCAGCCCUCCACGUUUAUAGCUGUACUGUCUGCAAGAUCUCAAUGAAAAGUCCAGUUAGAACUUGUAGCAUAUACAUUGCAUUAACGAAAUGCCCAAACUUUCACACGCACACGCAGUUUAAACGUGCGCUUGCCUCUGCUACCGUCCACAUCAGUAAUGUUGCCUGGAGCCCUCGGCAACACUUGUCGAUGCUGUUGUGCCGAUCCUACUGUUUAGCUGCUACAUGUUAUGGUAACAAUGGCAGUUGUAAAGGUCUUUUUUUUUUCUUUUUGCUUAAUGCUGUGGCAUUGUUCAUGCCCUGCUCUGAAAGAAACUUCAGUGAUUGUUUACUCAUUGCUUAAAGUAUGGCCAGGUGUGGAUCGUUUCUUUGUAACUCUUCCUCAAUCUGUCAACAUAGUUCACUCAACACCAAAUGGGCGUUCCCACCUAGUUCGGGCUGCCCGAGUGGGUAUGCAUUAAUACAGCUGCGUUCUGAAGUGUUCGAAUGCCAGUUAGAAAGAAAAGGUUGUUGUUCAGUUGUUCUAAAAGUUUGUUCACUGCACAGCUUUUUUGUAAAGCUAAGGUUAGUGGUUCUGGCAAGCUUGGCGUAGGACGGGUAGUUCUCGCAGCAACGUAACCUUCGUAUUUGUCGUCAGCACGUGCUUUACAACUGAAGUAGCCUUCAGCUUGCUCCAUAUUUACACUAAAUUGGAGCGACAGCUUUGCGCUUGAGUCAAGCAUUUCACCGGGUCAGGCCACUUUUUAAGGACCAAAUCAUUGCUUGGAUGAUUUCGGUUGCGUUUUUGCUUCGGCUAGUGUUCUAUUUUUGGACAAGUUUUGAUGUUUCAGCAUAUAAAAUCCGAUAUACUGAUAGUGCACUAACUACCGAUGCCUGAAGUAUUACUUGCUUCUAGAGCAACUGCAUUGUGAAGCUGUGAUUUGAAUUCUUUUCCUGUUUAUUGCAGUAGUUUUCAAUCAGUCUUGAGAUGCACUUAAUGGAUAUUUACAGAAGUUGUUCUUACAAGAAGCUCCCUGGUGCUGUGAUUUCACUUGUCCGAUGGCAGAGCUUCUUUUCUUUUUGCCAUAUUUUAUGUGGCUGGGCUGUGAUGUGCGUUGGCAUUGAUUUAAUUUUUGUACUGUUAAUAAAAAGUGCCGUUGUUUUGCGCUUGGA